ACUAAUCACCACAAACAAACAUCACAACAAAACCAAGCAAUUCACACACACACACCCUUAUAGCAAUGGCCUCAACUCAGUGCUACAAAACCUGUGAACAAAGCUGCCAACAGAAAAACCACCACCACCAGCAGCAGCAUAGCUCAAUUGGACGCAAGGUUACUGACUUGUUCGGACUUGGAGGGCACCACAAUCGCCACGCCAAUGAUGGAACACAAAACCACACCCAAUACUAUAGCCAAACAGAGGUGAUUUAUCAGCCAGGGCAUGUUGCCAAACAUCAAACUAACACAUGCAACCGCAACCAUCACGCUGCUACUGGCACCACCUUUGCUACUAGCAACACCACGGCGACAUGCCAAGGAAGAAAUAGGAGGGAGCACAAGAGAAACAACAUGUUCCAGAGGAUGAAGGAUGGCGUAUCCGGUCACAACAGUGACAGUGGCAGUAGCAGUGAUGAGAGUGACAGCGACAAUGAAAAUUGUCGCAACAGGAAGCACUACUGCAAUUAAGGAGCCAUUGUACUACAUAAUAAAUAAAUUGGAGAUUGAAGAUCGGAGUUUGCAACUCAAAGUCCAAUAUAAUGUAUGUGAUGAUUAUUGGCCUGUAUGGAUAAAUUAUUAGCUACAUUGAAGUUUAAAAUUGUCGCUAAAAAAAAAGUAAUUAAAAGUAUCUUAAAAAUAAAAAAGAAUGUAAUUUGAUAUAUAUGACAUCAAGCCAAUGCACUUAAUUUGGUUAUGGUUCUAGUCUGAGUUUGAGACCUACCAAAAUAAAUGUAUGUAAUGUACUCUGAUCGAUAUAAGAUCGUGUGAAUAAAACUAUUUGGUGUUGA